CCCUGCAACUCCCCAACAACUUCCUGCAUUUCCUCUCUCUUCCCAUUCUACCUUUCCCGUCUUCUCCAUGGAUCCCGUCAAUGCAUGGGGCAACACCCCUCUCCAAACGAUCGACGGUGAGAUCUUCGACCUCAUCGAGAAGGAGAAGCGCCGGCAAUGCCGUGGCAUCGAGCUCAUCGCUUCCGAGAAUUUCACCUCAUUCGCCGUCAUCGAGGCUCUCGGCAGCCCGUUGACGAACAAGUACUCCGAGGGAAUGCCCGGAAACCGCUACUACGGCGGCAAUGAGUUCAUCGACGAGAUCGAGAACCUCUGCCGGGCCCGCGCCCUUCAGGCCUUCCGCCUCGAUCCCACGAAGUGGGGCGUCAACGUCCAACCCUACUCCGGCAGCCCCGCCAACUUCGCUGCCUACACUGCCCUCCUCAAUCCUCAUGAUCGGAUCAUGGGCCUUGAUCUGCCGUCUGGAGGCCACCUCACGCACGGCUACUACACGUCCGGGGGGAAGAAGAUCUCCGCCACGUCGAUCUACUUCGAGAGCCUGCCGUAUAAGGUGAGCUCGACGACGGGGUACAUCGAUUACGAUAAGCUGGAGGAGAAGGCGAUGGAUUUCCGGCCUAAGCUGAUAAUUUGCGGAGGGAGUGCAUACCCACGGGAUUGGGAUUAUGCGAGGCUCAGAUCGGUUGCUGAUAAGUGCGGGGCCCUUCUGUUGUGUGACAUGGCCCACAUUAGCGGCCUUGUUGCGGCUCAGGAAGCUGCAAACCCGUUUGAGUACUGCGAUGUUGUCACGACCACAACUCACAAGAGCCUGAGAGGGCCAAGAUCUGGUAUGAUCUUCUACAGGAAAGGACCCAAGCCUCCCAGGAAGGGCCAGCCAGAGGGUGCUGUCUAUGACUACGAGGACAAAAUUAACUUUUCUGUUUUCCCAUCACUCCAGGGUGGGCCGCACAAUCACCAGAUAGCUGCAUUGGCCGUUGCUUUGAAACAGGCCAUUUCUCCUGGAUUCAAGGCAUACGCCAAGCAGGUUAAGGCCAAUGCAGUUGCCCUUGGAAACUACCUGAUGAACAAGGGAUACAAGCUUGUCACUGAUGGAACUGAGAACCACCUCGUUCUAUGGGAUCUUCGACCUCUCGGCCUGACCGGCAAUAAAGUCGAGAAGCUUUGUGACUUGUGCAACAUUACUGUGAACAAGAAUGCCGUUUUCGGGGACAGCAGUGCGCUUGCUCCUGGAGGUGUUCGAAUCGGUACCCCUGCAAUGACUUCAAGGGGUUUGGUCGAGAAGGAUUUUGAGCAGAUUGGCGAGUUCCUUCACCAGGCAGUUACCAUCACCCUAAAUGUUCAAAAGGAGCAUGGGAAGCUCCUCAAGGACUUCAACAAGGGCCUUGUCAACAACAAGGACAUUGAGAACCUUAAGGCGUCUGUUGAGAAAUUCUCUGCCUCUUUCGAUAUGCCUGGCUUUGACAUGUCCGCCAUGAAGUACAAGGAUUAGAGCGGCCGGUUACCCCCAAUCGUUACCAUCUAUCAAGCUACUCUUGGGUCACAACCUAAAAAAUUCCAUUUCAAUUUCUUCAAGUUUCAUUUUUGCAUUUUUUUUGGCUGGUUAUUUGAGUCCUUUCCUAUGUAAAAUUCCCCUUUGGGUUUGUUGGAAUGCAUCCAAUUCAACUCAUCCCUUGAGAGUGGGGUCCAUGUUUAAGUGA